AUGGAAUUGUCGCGACAGGACUAUCCGGCCAUUGUGGCCUCGUUAACCCCUACCCAAGCUUCAGCCGUCCUUACCGAACGCAUACGAUUAAUUAGCAAGAUAAACUCAGAUAUCGCGGACUGGCUUUCGGAACGACGACGGGUGGAAGACGCAUAUGUUUUGGGCCUUCGUAGGCUCGCACGACGGCAAUCGCAGGAUGCAUCCGCAGCAUUGGGGGUCUUUCAAACACCAUGGCAACGCAUCCUCACUGCCACGGAAUCAUUAGCGGAAUCCCAUGAAACCCUUUCGCACGGGAUCGAGGCGGACGUUGAACGGCCUUUAAAGGAAUAUGCUACUAGGAAUAACGAUAUGCAAUCCAUCUCAACGAUGCAACAGGAUUUGGCGAAUCUGGCAAAGGAGCUUGAGUCUGCGAAGAAGAAGGCCGACAAAUUAAAAGAUAAAGGCCCAAAGGCUGCGGCGAAAACAUCCAGUGCCGUUUUAGCUGCGCAGGAGGUGGCGCAACAAUGGGAAUCGAGGGCACCUUUCGUUUUUGAACAGCUUCAGGCUGUCGAUGAGCACCGCCUGAACCACCUCAGAGAUGUUCUCACCCAGUUCCAGACUCACGAGGCAGAUCACAUCGAAAGAACUAGACGAUAUACUGAAAGUUGCCUUAAUGCGCUAUUAAGCGUUCAGACCGACGAAGAGAUUACAGCGUUUACUACGAAGGUAACAGGCGGCAGGGCUCCUGUCUCGAGAACAACAACGACGGAUGCUGCAGCGACAACCUUACCCCCUUCGUCAGGCCAAAUUCCAGCUGCCACUGGAGAACCUUUACGUCCCCCACCUAGAAUCCAUGACGAUGCGGCUAGCCAGCGUUCCGGUCGAUCGAACAAGGGCAGACUUGGUGCUGCACCCGAGCCCGUCGGGCACAUGAGGCUUGGUGGCCUGAAACGGUUGGGUACUGUCAUGGGCCGAAGAAAGAGUAUUGUACAUCAUUCAACUGGGAACUCAGGUUCUCCGGAGAGGAAAUUCCGGUCCCCAUUCACCGCGUUCCGAAAGUCGGAGUCAACUCGAAAACUUCCAGCAAGUUGA